UUGUUAAAGGAAGCUGUCUUCUCCUUGACAGUUCCCAGAGACAAACUCGGUUUCUCUGUUCUUUCUCUGUUCUGUUAGGAAACCCAGAAAUUCCUAUUCUCAUUAUAUAUAAAAACGAAGAAGCUCUUCUUAGUUAUUAUCCAUAUAAAGUAUAUCACCGGAAUGUCUGUAAGAGCGGCGGCGGUUUCUGCUCUGAGAGAAGAUGAUCACCGGAAUCUGAACAAGCAGAUUGGGUGCAUGAACGGAAUAUUCCAUCUCUUUGAACGGCACCAUUUCCGGCGUGUCGGCCGGCACACCAAUAAAAGGCUGCUUUCAGGAGCCAACCACAACAUGGAAGGUGCAGCAGAACAGCUGAAACUGGAAAAAAUUCCAAAGGUCUUCAAUGAGCCAUCCAAGACUCUCCCACCACUUGACCAAAGCAAAACAACUAAACUGGAAUCACCACCACCACCCUCCAACCAAACUAGCUACCACCAACGGGAUCUCAAAGGCGCGGUGAAGGACUCAAUGCACCGGGAAGCCCGUAGUAUAUCCAUCAAAACUGUGACCAAAACAGAAGGAAGAGUUCAAGUAGUGAAACAUGUAGACUCCCCGAGACCUUCACAAUCAGACGCGUUGACGAGAGCUCAUGCUAAGAAACUUCUAGAACCUCGACGUCUCUCCUAUGAUGGUAGAGAGUCGGGUGGAAAGGCGAUGAAAGUAAAAGAGAUCCCGAGGUUGUCAUUGGACAGUAGAGUCAAGUCCAUACAAACUUCUGCAUGUGAAUCCAGAUCAAAUUUCCUCUUAUUGGGGAAUAAUCAUAAGAGAUCACCAAGUGUGGUGGCAAAGUUAAUGGGAUUGGAAGAGCCCUCGUAUUCUCCUCCCUCCCACGAGGACGAAAUGGUACCAAGAGGCUCUGGGGUAGCGCCACAUCAGCAGCGCUUAUCGGUGUAUAGUGAAAUCGAGAAAAGGAUAACGGAGCUCGAGUUCCAGAAAUCCGGUAAGGAUCUGCGAGCACUGAAACAAAUACUUGAAGCGAUCCAAAGGAGUGAAAGACAAGAAACAAACACUCCCUUGGUCCAGCAAAACAACAUCAGCCACUCCCCAAGAAGGCCAAUGGAGUCUUCUUCUCGUCAUAUCAUUAGGAAACCAGCAAAGCUUAAUGAUGACAAGAUCAGACCAGUCAGUUACAGAGAAAAUUUGGUUGCUGAUGAGAGGAAAAGUUUGUCACCAAGGAGAAGUUACAACAAAGACGCAGGUCAGCACCUUUCUAACGGAAAGAAGAACGGGAAAGCAGUACAGGGCGGCUCGACUGGUGCAGUGAGUCCAAGAUUGCAACCACAUCUCCCGCCGCUCGAACUGAGCAGAGUGAGAAAGCACCAAGGCACACCACAAACAAAAGAAUCAGGAUUGAGGAGCAGAAGAUAUAAGCUUAAAUCCAGCAAUCAGAAGCCGGAAGUCAAGAUUGAGAUCCGCAAUGACAUAAAGAGCUUCAGUGAUCAAUAUGAUAUAGCUUCGAUACAGUCAGAAAGUGACAACAGCUUGGCAUCAUGUAUGGACACUGAAGUCACAAGCAAAUAUCUCUCUAAACCGAGAAGAAGCUGUAAAGAGAUGGAUCCUUCAAUGAUGCUGAAUGAGGAACUGCCAAUCUCUGAACUUCAAAUUUCUAUGAAAGAACAACGAAGUCCGGUGUCUGUGCUUGACUCAACAUUUUACAUUGAAGAUUCUCCAUCCCCUGUGAAGAAGAUAUCAACACCUUUUAGAGAUUAUGAUGCUAUAGAAAAUGAUGAAGCAAAGUGGCAUUCAAAGGAUUUCACCACCAACGCACAAUUUCUUCUUAGCUCAGAGAUCAAGAACGACAAGUCUAAAGAAGAUGAUAUCCUGCUUCAUGAUCUCAGACUGACGAAUUCCUUGCCUUGUGUCGACCAAACAGAAUUUUUCUGCCAUGACGAUAAUGAUGUUGAUGAAGAUCAUGAAUACAUCAAUAAGAUACUAUUGGCCUCAGGCAUCCUGAGAGAUGUGAACCGUGCCUCAACAAUUUCUUGGCUUCAUCCGACCGUCCAUUUGAUCAACCCCGAGUUGUUUGAUGUGCUGGAACAAAAUGAACGAUGCAGAAAACAGACCUCCCCGCUAAAGUUUAAUCAGAAAACCCACAGGAAGAUGGUAUUUGACACAGUUGAGGAAAUCAUUGUCCAGAAACUAUCACCAGAAGGGCUUUUGAUACAAGGCAGGAAACAUUCAAGUGGACACCAGCUUCUUAAAGAAGUACACAGAGAGAUAGAUUAUCUACGGCCUGCUAAAUCAAACAUCAGUAUGGAGACCGAGAAAGAUGAAUCGGUCAGCAUCACAAAUAUGGAUAUGAAGCACGAAUCAGCGGACUGGGUGCAACUUGACUGCGUGAUUCCAAGAUUAGUGGUGGACAUUGAGCGCCUAAUCUUUAAGGAUCUCAUUACUGAGGUCAUUAGUGAUGAGGCUGUACAGAUGCAUGACAGAUCAAUGGUGUAUUGCAGGCAACUGUUCAGAUGAUAGUUGUUUGAAACUUUCAAUCCUUAUGAAUGAUGCAAUAGUCAAUGAAUGAACUGCCACGAUUGUAAAUAAGAUUCAAUUCUCAAGAGCUAAUUACAUUUCAAAUGUAUGUAUUGUCCCAAACUUCUUGAAGAAAAAAGCACUGUUUUCGGGUUCUUUCCAAACAGAGCCAUAUAUGCAUAUGAUAUGGCGUUUAAGAAUCCCAAAUUAAAUAUUUAAGAAAGAUAGGUUGAUCUAUAAAACUCAAUAGAUUGGACUCAGUUUGUUACAAAAACUCCUAUCUGGUUAUAAAUACAAAUAUGAAAUAUGUCUUGAUUAAGGGCAUUGUAGAUUCUGGAUACAAAAGGGAAGAAUAUAUAUA